AUUGUGAAAAACACGCGUAUGAGGGAAACAUGCAAAGUGUGUUCAUUCUUGAAUACACAAGAAAAACAAGUAUUUUUUGUUGAAGAGUAUAAUUCUACAUGUACAUAAAAUACCACUAUAUAGAGGACACAAAAAUUACACUUCUUAUUUUAGUGUACACGAAAAACUGUCACAGCACAAAAGACGCAUUCCUUGUAUGUACCAUUAUCUAUUGUUUAUUGUUUUACUCAUUUCCAGUAUAUACUAAAUUGUACUCAGUAAAAGAAAAGAGUGCAAUGUUUGAUUUACUUUUUGAGUAACUUGUGAUCAAACUUUGAAGAGUCAAAAAUACUUGUUUUUGUGAUUAUUGGUAUAAAAGGACACUUUUUACCUCACUCUACGCAGUAUUUGUUUAUAAAGAAUUAGUUGUGAUCAAGUAAAGAGCGAUUUUCUCAAGUUUUAGACUAUGACUUUAUGUCCUUACAUCCGUUUUUUAAAACUCCUACAGUAUCUCCAAAUGAGAAUAAGUUGUUUUAGUAAGUUUUAUGCUCAAAAAGCCUUGAUUUUGACUUUUUUUUAACCUGCCCCGGGGUGUAUUCAUCAAAAACCUGAUGAUGUAUUCUUCUCCAUAGGGUAGUGUAAUCAUUUUAACAGAGUGAUGUAUCCCUCUUAGGCAUGCACCGGUUACGGUUAACCGUAACCGUAAAUAACCGGUCGAACGGUUAACCGUAACCGUAAAUAACCGGUCGAACGGUUAACCGUAACCGUUGCAUGCCUAAUCCCUCUUGAAAAGGUAGUGUAUUCAUCUUAAAAGGCAGCUGCAAUUUUCGUUGCUCCUCUAUGUUAGUGUAUACUAUUCUCAAUACCAUUUUUCGGCUAAUGUAAUGGAGUUUCACCAUUUUAGUUCCACAAGGGACUGUCCUAAUAAGGUUUUUUUUCCUUAUUCGAUCUAGACCACAGCCGGUCUAACGAUAGUUUGGGUUAACUAAGAUGCGAACUCCAACAUGAUGGUAUUUCGCAUUUGAACUAACUUUUCGGUUUUUUCUAUGCUUAUUGUUCACUAGUCUUGUUGAUUUUAGAUUAGAAGAACAAUAUCAAAAUGGUCUUUUUGGUGUCAUCUCUCGAACAAUAUUUUUCAUUUUUGGACAAAAUCGCACCUGGUACAUUAUUGAUUCUAUUCAUCUGUUUUUCAUGGGUUGUAUCAUUGUGGGAACAUUAUUUAUCGUACAGACAGGUCAGUAUGGUUUUCACUUGUUUUCAUAGUAAUUCAUUUUGAUCUCUUUAAAUUUUUAGUACGAAAAUUACAAAAAGCCCAGAAAUGUACCAGCGGAAUUGAAAGACUUGAUGACAGAAGAAGAAUUGCAAAAAGCAAAAUCAUAUGCCAUAGAUAAAAUGCGCUAUAGUGAAGUUCAUUCAUUUUUCUCCGAAAUUGAAACAACGAUUCUGCUAUUAGUGGGUGUAUUACCAUGGUUAUGGAACAAAUGUGGGAACGUUUUAGCAAAAUAUGAUUAUAAAAAUUACGAAGUAUUACAAUCGAUUUUAUUUAUUUGUGUCAUGAUGAUAUAUUCAACCGUAACGAAUUUGCCGUGGAGUUAUUAUUAUCAUUUUGUUCUUGAAGAACGACAUGGAUUUAACAAGCAGACAGUUCCGUUUUACAUCAAAGACACUAUUAAGAAGUUGGUUGUUUCACUCGUGUUGGCCGUCCCUAUUGCUGCAUUGCUCAUUAAUAUAAUCAAAAUUGGUGGUGAUUACUUUUUUAUUUACGCAUGGUUGUUUUUAACCAUAAUAUCACUGGCUAUUGCUUUUAUCUAUCCAAAUUACAUUGCACCCUUAUUUGAUCGUUACGAUCCGUUACGAGAUGGAGAAUUAAAAGAAAAGAUUGAAGGUUUAGCAGCAAAAAUCAAAUUUCCACUGACAAAAAUCUAUGUUGUUGAAGGAUCUGCAAGAACUGCACAUAGUAAUGCCUAUUUCUAUGGCUUUUUCAAAGCAAAACGUAUUGUUUUAUUCGAUACACUAAUAAAAGGUUAUAUACUUAAAUCUGACAAGGAUAAAACAGAGGGGGAUAAGAAUGCUGAUACUGUGUCAAAAUCUGAAACUAUUGGUAAUGAGUCAUUGAAAGAAUCAGCGGAUCUUGUCCAAAGAAAAACUGGAAUAAAUUCGGGAGAUAGAUCUGCUGAAGAAACAACAACGUCGUCAAAAAAUACUGCAGAUUUACCCAAAAAGGAAAAAGGUUGUGAAACAGAAGAAGUAUUAGCCGUACUUGCUCAUGAAUUUGGCCACUGGAAAUUGAAUCAUAAUUUGUGCAAUUUAUUCAUCUCAUUUUUAAAUUUAUUUUUGGUUUUUGCCGUGUUUGCUGCUCUAUUCAAACGUUCCGUAUUAUAUCGUGCAUUCGGUUUUGAAAAAAGUCACCCAAUAUUAAUAGGUUUACUUAUUAUACUUCAAUACGUAUUAUCACCUUAUUUUGAACUAUUUUCAUUUUGUAUGACUGCAUUAUCACGACGUUUUGAAUUUCAAGCUGAUCAUUUUGCAUCGAAACUCGGACAAGUUACACCACUAUGUAGUGCAUUAAAAAAAUUAGAAAAAGAUAAUUUAUCUUAUCCCUAUUCUGAUCCAUUAUAUGCCAUGUAUCAUUAUUCACAUCCAAUAUUACUGGAGCGUUUGAAAGCAUUGAAAAAAUCAGAAUAA